AUGGAUGGUGAUCCGGCAGUUAAUAGCUCUGUCAUAGUGCAAUUUCCCAAUGCAUUUCACAUACAUUGCAUUUGGCACAUAAGUCAAAAUUUACCAAAAAAUCUAAAAGGGAUAAUUGGUUCUAGUUAUGAUAAUUUCAUGAAAGACUUUUAUACUAUAAGGAAUAGCCUCACAGAAGAAAAAUCCAAUAAAAGAUGGGAAAAAUUACUGCAUGAUUAUCCACAAUCCACUAGUGUACAGUCAACCUCCCGUAAUGAGGGUGAAAAUUCAAUACUAAAACGCCUCUUUGGAAGUUCAAGUCUUUCAUUAUGCGAACUAUUUGAUGUCUUAGAAGAAAGGUACCAAGAAGAAAUCGAUUAUUGCAAGUUUACAAUUGAACGAGUUUGUGAUGCCAAAUAUAAUGAAAAAGCAGGAAGAGCAAAUGAACUUAAGUUUCUAUUAUCAUGCCGUGGAGGUUGA